AGUACAGCUCGCGCCAAUCAUCGAGUUAGCUCUGAAGUUGCAGCGCUUAGCGUCGCACGAUCAAAAAACAGGUAUCAGCGGAAAGAAGGCAGUCCGGGAGGGGAGGGGUCGGCAGUGCACACCCCCUCUCUCUCCGGCCCCGCACCGCGGUCGCCUCGAUUUAUGUGCGUGUGUGUGUUCUCACUGUUCAUACGCCACGCACACAUUCGCACCUACAGCAAAAGUACAGUCGCGCAUCGCAUCAUUGUAGUCGUUUUGUUUUGUGAGUGUCGUAAUUAUUUCGUUGUUGUUUUAAUAAACUUAGUGGCAUCGCAUUGCUAAAAUGCCUAGAUCGAAUACCGUUUUAAGCCGACAGGCUAGAAAAAUUAUAUUCAACGUGUUUCAAUUUAUGAAAAAGGAAAGUGAAGAAGGUAUCAAAAUCGACCUUCAACACCUCCAAAAAAACUUAACAUAGUUGAAACAAUAAACCUGACUAAGUAGGUACUUAACUUUUGUACAUACAUAUUUAUUAGUCCCACUGUACAUCUGCGCAACGCGCACCGCGCCAACUUCAGAGCUAACUCGAUGAUUGGCGCGAGCUGUACCUAUAAGGUUUUACUAGCUAAAUAAUGGAUAUACUCGAAUCCAUACAUUCCCAUCUGAGACACCGCAACUUGGACCAGGCUGUUUACGAUGCCAUGAAGAGCAAUGACCUCUCCGAUGUUGUCAUGAAAGUUUAUGACACCAUGAAGAAGAAUAAUCUUUUACCAGCUACUUGUAAAGAGAUGAAAUCUGAGUGCCAAUCCAACGAGUUUCGCAAGCAAGGCAACAAGAACCUGGCAGAGAGUGAGUACCAGAAGGCUCUCAUGUUCUACAACGUGGCGCUACUGUAUGCACCUAACAACUCUCGAGCCAUGAAACUAGCUUAUGGCAACAGAUCAGCUUUACUGUACAAAUUUGAGCUAUUUACCGCAUGUCUCAAAGAUCUGGAGAUUGUGUUCUCUCUCGGCUGCCCAGACGAUAUUGCAGCGAAAUUGAAGAAACGCCAAACUGCUUGCAAUGAGAGGAGAUGGGGGGAAAUGCUUACCGAAUCUGUGUUUAGCUCGGCCCAUGCUGAUGAAUUCUUUGAAUUCAAUGUUACACGUAAUCCACAAAUACCUUGCGCUAGCCGAGCCGUUGGGGUGAAGGUUGAAGAUGACAUCCCGAGAGUGGUCGCAGCCACUGCUAUAGGUGUGGGCACAGUGGUGGCCGUAGAGCCCGCCUUCGCCAGUGCCUCGCACAAGGGGAACCACUUCUUCUCCUGCCACUACUGUCACAAGAUGGCCUUGAACCUCAUCCCAUGUCCUCAAUGUUGCUAUGCAUUAUUUUGUGGAACAGAAUGUUUGAACAAAUGUAUGCAGGAUUAUCACAACAUUGAAUGUCACUUUGCCGGUAAACUAAAAGAUUGUUUUCGAAUGUGUGAUUUAGCCACUAAGGGUGCUCUCAAAAUUUGGAAUUUGAGCAAGACUUGGGAUAAUUUCAUAUUAGAGUCUAAGAACACUGGUAUAGGAAGAAUUCAGAGUAGUUCAAUAAAUGAAGUAUUUGACUGCAAGAACAAGGGUUCUUUACUGUGCUUUGAUGAGGAGAACUUCCUAGUUUAUGGUAAAAUGUUCAACCUGAGCAUUGGAUGUGCCGCAAUUCUGCACCACUUGGCCUCGGUGCCAUCCUUCCUGCCGAAGGGAAGAAGCUCUUCACAGGAAGCUCUACGGGCCCUGGCACGGACCAUGAUGGGCUUGUGCCUGUUUGUGCCGCACUCGAGGAUGCUGCAGGCGGUGCAAAACGGGGAGAAGUCUACUUUGGGCACACACAUUGUUCCUAACUAUGGAUUGUUUUCAUUCUCUGGAAAGUUGAAGAAUAGUUGCGAUCCCAACUUGUUGGCUGUUGGUCUGGAUAACAAGCUGGCGCUAGUGGCAAUCAAACCCAUCCAGCCUGGCACAGAACUCACUGUUUCUUACAUAUCGCACUGGACAGAGACCCACUCGGACGACCGUGCGUGCUCUCUCUUCGCGGAAUUCAGCGUCGCAUGCAACUGCACUGUGUGCGAAGAAAACUGGGACACUGACUUCCUGCUAGGCAACGACAUACUGACAGACGAGCAAGCCAUGUGCUACAGGAAACUCAAAGUACGUCAAAUACAGAAGGAAAUCAGUCUCCCGUCUAACACACCGAAGUAUGAAAAGAAGAUAUUUAAUGCCUUAAGUGUUUUGAGUGACUCCCCGAACUGUGAAGCGUAUUACGACGUGUUUUGUCUGUUUAAGCGCUGUAUGCUGCAUUACCAGCUCGCCUACAGUAGGAAUGUUAUUGUGGGCGCGUUAGAAUGAGAUUUAAGUUGGCCGAGAGUGCUUCAUGGUAUUAUCGUCUAAACGCCACUUUAGUUGUAAGUGUUGUAGUAACUGAUUGUUGUUUGAAUAUUUUGUAAGUGUAAUUAAAUAUUCCAACUGAGUCUAUGUCUUAGGGCUGAUUUUUCAAUGGUCAGAUAAGUAUUAUCUUAGGAAUUAAAUUAUUGCUGUCACUGUCUAAUAAAAACAUUCAGAUGCAACACAUUUUAUUCCUCAGAUAACACUUAUCUGACUGUUGAAAAAUCAGCCCUUAGACAACAUAUAAAUGUAACUUAGGUAUUAUUACAUUAGUAAGCUAAGAAUUUAUCGUAUCCAAAACUUGUAAAGCCUGAAAACAAAAAAUAUAGGUUUUGGUACAAGCUGUGAUUUGUUAAAAAUUGUAACACAAAAAUCUUUUAUAAUUCUGUUUUUUACUUCAAUUACUGAUAGUAAUGUGGUGACUAUCUUAAGUUUAUUUUAGCUAUAUUAAUCAUUUAAAGCCUUAAAUGCCACAAACAAACUCUACUUAUUUCUAAGGUUUUCAUUAUUUUCAAGGAGUAAUGUAGACGUUAGGAAUUUCAGAUGAAUGAGAGAAUGGAAAGAAAAUAAUUAUACUGCUGUAAAAUCAAAUCACAUUUUUAUUUUUCGGCACAUUAUAAUUAGUAUCACAAUCAUUAAUACAGUACCUAAACUUAAUUAUUUCGAUAGACGACUGGGAUAUUAUGCGUUUAUUUGUUACAUACUAGCCGUGUGUGAGAUGUCCCCACAUAUUAUUAGUAGGUACUACAUAACAUAUCCCAGUGAACCACUGAUCCAAUCAUAAUACAUAAUCUAUUU